AUGAGUACGUCGAAAAAAUCGUCCCUGCGUAAAAACACGCUUCAUCUGAAAGCUUUACACCGAAAGCGUGAAAACAUCCUCGGUUCGGCUCUGUUAAUCCAGCGUUUCGAUGAACAAUACGAUAUUAGCCAAGCCAAUCAGGUCGCGAUCAGAAUCGAGCGUUUAGAUGGGCUGUGGGAUAAGUUUGAGGAUACCGAGGAUAAAAUUGAAGCCAUAGAAGAUCAGGAAGAGGGUUUCUCGGAGGCUAGGCAAGAGUUUCAAAACCUUUACUUUGAUCUAAAAGCGUCGUUGGUUAGCAAACUCCCCGGCGCGGCAACUGCCAGCUCACCUUCCCCUGGUCCAAGUUCCUCACACCAACAUGUGCCGCCUGUUAGCCAAGCCAUGUCGGUAAAGCUUCCCGAAAUCAAAAUACCCGAUUUCGGAGGCAAAUUGGAUGAAUGGAUCGAAUUCCGCGAUCUUUUCAAAUCGUUAGUGCACGCCAAUCCCCAAAUUUCCGCGGUUCAGAAGCUGCAUUACCUUCGCAGUGCCAUGAAGGGCGAAGCGUCGCGGUUGAUCUCGUCAUUUGCUAUCACUUCCGAUAAUUACCUCCUCGCGUGGAAUACGAUCUGCGAUCGGUAUGAAAAUAAGAACUUUCUCGUCAAGCAACACAUGUCCGCGAUUUUGAAGAUUCCCCAUGUCAAAAGGGAAUCAUCCUCUGCCCUGGCAGAGCUGGCCGACGAAUUCAAUCGGCAUGUAGGCAUUCUUGAUAAGCUUGAAGCCAGUGCUGAUCAUUGGAACUCGUUCUUAGUAGAGCGCCUUAGCAGUCUCUUGGACGAGAAAUCGUCGAUGGACUGGGAAGCCCAGUGUGACGAUAAUGCUGCUCCGCAGUACAAAGAUUUGUUGAGCUUUAUUCUGAAACGGUCACGCACACUACAGAUGUGCAAACCAUCCCAGAGUGCUCACCCCGCGAACGUUCAGAAACCCACUCGAUCAAAACUAUCAUCCCAUAUCGCGUCCGAAAACGUUAUCAAAUGCCCCUGCUGCAAACAGGCUCAUGCUAUCUCUCAGUGUGAGUCUUUCCUGAAGCUAACGCCCAACAAUCGAUUGGAUUUCGUCAAAAAGAAUCAGCUUUGUAUCAACUGCCUUCGAGGCGGACACUUAGCCAAAGACUGCCGUAGCAGCCUAUGCAGAACAUGUGCAAAGAGACACCAUAGUUUGCUUCAUCUUCCCCCGAUUGCACCAGGGUCUGCUACAGUUGCGGUGGACCAAAGCUCAACGACCACGAGCUGCACAGCGGUUUGUUCAGGCGAAACAAUCGUCACUCAGACAAAACCCUCGUUCUCGGUAUCGGUAGCACCAUCGGUGGUGCUUUCGCGUACUUCACCACAGGCAAAUCCGUCGUCGGUUAGUGUAUCGUCGCCGCAAUCGCUCGCCGUUAAUAGUCCCUCUCUCUCGUCGCCGGUAUACUCGAAUCGUCGGUCCGAAGCAAAUGAACCACUUCCCCGUUGCCCCUCUGAUAACAUGAUAUCGUCUACUCCAACAAUGAAACCUCGAGAUGCUACAGUGUUCCUAUCUACAGCAUUGGUACGAGUACAGGACACUGAUGGCAUUGGUCAUUUUGCGAGAGCAUUACUCGAUAGCGGAUCUCAAUCCAACUUCGUGUCGGAGUCUCUUUGUCAAAGACUAGGACUCAAACGUAACCGUAUAAAUCUACCUGUGAGCGGCAUUGGCCAAGCAACGAUUAGUGUUCGCUACAGUGUGCAAAUCUCUCUUGCGUCACGGUUCGGGAAAUUUGUGCGAGACAUUGACUGUCUUGUGCUACCCAAAUUGACUGUCAAUCUACCUAGCUGCCAUGUAGACAUCUCGAAAUGGAAUAUCCCUCGCAACUUACUACUUGCAGACCCAAAAUUCAAUAUCAGUCACGGUGUCGACAUGAUCGUUGGAGCCGAGCUAUUUUUCUCGUUGCUUGAAUCCCAUCAAAUAGUUUUGGACGAUAAUUACCCAGUCUUGCAAAAAACGUUGCUCGGUUACGUGGUUUGUGGAAAAUACUCAACCAACGUCCCUGAAACAGUAACCUGCCAUGUUGUUACUGAACAGGAUUUGAACUCCCAGUUGGAGAAAAUGUGGGAAAUCGAAAAUCUCGACGUUGGUAAGGCACUCACACAGGUAGAACAGGAUGUCGAAAACCACUUUCUCCAAACAAUAUCACGUGACACCACCGGUCGUUUCGUCGUACGCCUCCCCUUUCGUGAGUCCAUGGACUCGUUGUUGGAUGACUCCUACGAUCAAGCGUUGCGGCGCUUCCUUGCAAUGGAAAAGAGGUUCACUCGAGACCCAACCCUGCGUGAGGAGUACGUGAGGUUCAUGGACGACUAUGAACGAUUAGGGCAUAUGGAAGUAGGUUCUCGUGUCGCGGGCCCGCAGUAUUUUCUCCCCCAUCAUGCUGUCCACCGUCCCGAUAGCAGCACGACGAAGACACGAAUCGUGUUCGAUGCCAGCAGCAAGGGAUCUGGUGCUCUUUCCCUUAACGACUACGUCUUCACCGCGGAUGCGGAAAAAAUGUUCCGCCAAAUAUGGAUCCAUCCCGAUGACCGUCGUUAUUUGAAAAUCAUCUGGCGUCGAGAUCCGUCUUUGCCACUGCAAGUUUAUCAGCUAAACACUGUGACUUAUGGGCUCGCCUGCUCACCGUAUCAUGCAGCACGCGUGCUCACUAAGCUGGCUGAGGAAGAUGGGCAGAAAUAUCCUCUUGGUGCGCAAGUUGUCAUUAAACGCGUCUACGUCGACGACGCGUUAGCUGGAAGUGACAAUUUGGAAGAUGCCAGCGAAACAUGCCGCCAGCUGAUGGAGUUGCUGCGUCUCGGAGGGUUUUCUUUACGGAAGUGGAGCAGCAACAACCCAGCAGUUCUGAAACACAUUCCGACAGAAUUGUGGGAAAACGCGUCUAAAAUGGAAAUCUGUCGUUCAACUGUGACCGCCCUGGGACUUCUUUGGAAUCCAGUGGGUGAUUAUUUCGACUUUAAAAUACCAUCGUUCCCAGAAUUGACCAAAGUGACGAAACGUAUUGUAGUGUCUGAAACUGCUCAGCUUUUUGACCCUCUGGGUCUGCUCGGACCGAUUGUUAUAAGCGCCAGAGCUUUCGUUCAACGACUAUGGGCAAAAAACAUUUCGUGGGACGAAGAGCUAUCGGUAGAAGAGAGUGCCUGGUGGAUGAACUUUCGAAAAGAACGUGUCACCUGCAAACUGACACCUGCUGAAAUCGAAAGGGCUCUUAAGACGGUCGUCCAAGUUGCACAAGCAACCACCUUCUCCAGCGAAUAUCACCAGCUAACCGUCAACAAGCUACACCCUGAUCGGAACAUUGCUGUCGAUUCGAAGUCUCCUCUGAAGAAUCUCAAUGUUUUCCUGGACGACGACGGGUUGAUUCGUCUUAACAGUCGGUUGAGCAACGUAGAAGGCCCGCCCAUCUCUACUACUUUCAACGAUGCGCCAACGCUAUUGGCCAAUACAAGGAAGGCAAUUAGUUCGUCGAGUCGUGCGCAAUUGUGUGACCUGUUUUCGCUGUUCCCCGCCGAACAUGAACCAACAAAUGGCACCCCUACCUUCCGUGCGGGUAACACCUGCCCGCGUGUUCUCCAAGUCGGGGCUAGAUUACUGCGGGCCAUUCAGUGUUCGUCCGUUAUACGGGAGAGGGGCUAG